AUGGAUUGGUAUCACAACAAUCCCACACCUCGCAAUCUGAAUCAAGUGUGGAACGAAGGCGGUCCGACAGAGCUACUAGCCGUAUUGGUUGAUGCUCACGUAUCUUCUUUCGCAUCUGAUGACAACGAAGUACGAUCUUCAGACAAGACAAACUUAUCCCAGCCUCCUCCUCCCCGCACUUCGUGGAGUGGUAUAGGGGCAACGGCGGAACUAUAUGUGCUCAGUGUUCUUGCCAUGACUGAUGGAGGUGAACCGCUCGAGUGCCGAUUAUUUUAUCGCCUUCUUCUGAUAAUGAAACAAGACAUUACUCAGGUUCACGGUGAUCUUGGUGGAGAUAAUGGCCAACUCAGUCAAUCUAUUUGGUUCUGGAAAGUCUUCAUUGGAGCCUUGGCUUUGGCUAAGAGCCAAAUCCACCAUAGAGCCAUCGAUAUGAAGUGUGUGAAUUGUCCCGGUAAGAAAGAAAUGGCGGGGCUUUUCGAAUGGUUUUGUGGCCGAGCUCGAGCUUGGAGUAAAGCCACCGGCAUAACCGACUGGGGGGAUGCGGAGGCUGUACUAGUAAGUGUCGCCUGGCCGGUUGCCUUGCCUCGAGGUGGAAAUGACCAUGCAGCGAGUACGUGGGAUAGUGUGUGUCAUAAGCAGGUGUAUAUUUAG